AGGUUAAAGGCUUUUAAGUUCCUGAAGCAAUAUUCACUUAGCUGUUAAUUACAGUGGCUCAUUAGUGGAUUAUCCACAGGGUAGCUUAUUCUUUUGUUGCUAUUAUGGCAUAAUUGAGUCUUUCAGAGGACUUGGGGUCAGUAAGAACACAAUAUCAACAUCUGAGUUUGGGAAAACACUUUGGUUCUGUGACAUUUUGCAUUUUCUGUCCAGAAGACACUAUGAAAAUGUUUACUAUGCUGCUUGCCAUUCCUUCAUUUCUGGAGGAUACAAGGUAGAUUGGAAGUGAGGAACUGAUUCACCUUUGUUGAUGAUGAUUUUUCUUCGUAUUAAAACUUGGAAUAGAAGUAUUUCUGCAUCUCUUAAUGUAACAUGUGUGCUGAAUGUACCAAUUUCUAGUGUCUGCAAAGAACAGUCUUACAUAAGAGGCUGUAACAGAGACACUUAAUACCUUUUUCUAUUUUUACUUCUGAAAUUUUGCACAGCUCCCACUAAUCUGAACAGCUAUUUUUGCAUUAUACUGCUUCAUGGUGAGCUUAACAAAUUCAGUUGGUUGGGGUUUGGUCUCAACUUUUAUAUGUCUACUGUAAGCCUGAAAUUAUGCUGCUAAAGUUUUCCAAUCCUUUUAUUUAUUGGGAGGAAGGAAACUGCUUUUCAGGUGCACCCAGAUUUUACAGUGCUUCCUUUAAAAGUACUUGAGCAAUUAUUUUGCUGCUUUUGUUGUAACCAAAAACCCUCCAGUUACUGAUUAUCCUUGGCAAUUUCAGCUGCUGGCCAUUUUCCUGUAUCUCACCAUUAAGCUUAUUUUGGGUGUUUAAAUGCAUUCUGUGACAUGCUCAUAUUGAGGAUCAUUAGUAGUUCAUGUGUGUACCCACAGGGAACAGCACUGUUCUUUCUGACUUGGUGUUUGAUGCUGGAGGGUAAAGAAACUUCUUUUCUUUUGUUGAGCACACUGGUUAAGAACAUUGCUGCAGAGACCUCUAUGUGAUUGCGUGGUGAGGAAAGAAUUAAACAAAAGCUGACUAGCUGUUCUACCCUCCUAAGUCGGAUUUACAGGAUUUAAGCAGAUCUGCUGGAAUUCCUUGAUCUUAUUCCUCUACCUUAUAGCUUGACUAUUAUAUCAGCUCUGAGUAUGAUUGCUGUUAGCUACUCCUGUUAGACUUUCACUGUGGAGGUAGCAUUAAUAUUUCAUCUGGUCCUGAGGAAUAGUUGUCCUGCCAAUUCAGGAGAAAUAGGUUGAAUUCCAGAGAGCCAGGGACAUUUUAGAAGAUGACAUUUCUUGUUCAGAAGGGUCAAUACAGAAAAAUCUGGCAAAAUCAAGACAGACUGUAGGAAAUCAUAGAUUUACUGUAAUAGAACUAUGCAUAUAUCAGGGGUGAGAAAGUGACUACUGUUAAGUGGCAGAUUUAGAUAUUUGCAACUACUUCAAAUUUGCCCAUAUAAUAAAGUUCAGGAUGUUUUACCUUAUCUGUAGGUAUAUUACUGAUCUAAACUGCUGUAGUUAUAUUGAUAGAAUUCCCUUUUAGGUUUUCCUCUCCACCUUGGAGAGUAGUCAUGAGAAACUUUUGAGAAUCUGAGAUCCACCUCUCUCAAGGAAUGUGUGAGAAAAAUGGGAGUCUUGCUAAGAAGGAAAUAGUUCCAAAACAGGACCUGCCAGAGAGAAGACAGCUGCAAAACCCACUCUAUCUUCCCAGUUCAUCAUUCUUUCAGAAAGUGAAUACAGGAGAUUUCUAUUGUGAAUAGAAUAAUAGAAUUCUAAGUGAAUACUUGGACUCGUAUUGCUUUUGGUGUGCUGGUCUGUGUUUCCUUUAAAAUUACUUGAUUUAUUUUAUUAUAUCACUUUAUGUAGAAAACUUUGCCUUGAGAGAGAGGCAACUUAGGAAAUACUGUGAGAGAAAUCCAGUGCAGGCUUCUGCUAGAGGUGUUAAACCUUGUGCAUCAGAGGCCUGAACAGGGAGUGUCUCAUGGGAUGGAAUUCUGAAUGAGCAUCAACAACCUCUAGUAAGGAGCUAAUUUCUCUGAAUGCUAAUAGAAUUUGUGAUCCUGUUUCCAGUGUAUCCUUUCCUUGUGCGCUCAGUGGAGUAAGUGGUUCUAACUUCUAACACAGCCUCAUAUUUUUAUUUUGUUCUCCUUUGUGCUACUGUUGCCUGAGAGUUACAGUGUGAUGUAGUAUCUAAGCUAUUUCCAUCCUCUGCUGCCCUGAUGGUCUGCCUCCCUGACUAUGAGGAUAUAGGAGAUUUGCUUCUAAUUAACUGAGUGUAAUUCUUGGCCAAAUCCACUCCAGAAACAGCUUCUUUCUACCACUUAGUGACUCCUGUAAAAGAUCCAGCAUGUAGGGAAAUUUCUUGCCUUUGAUAAGUGACUGAGGAUGAGGCAACACAAAACUGUCACAUCAAGUGAGUAAUGGGCAAAAGUGAAGGAAGAAAUAAAAGAGGCUUUUUGUCAAGUCAGUAGAUUUUUAGUAGUCUGUUCCUUGUUUUUAUGCUGAAGAUGUCUUUGGAAGUGCUACUCAGCAGACUUGGCCAGAAGUGAGCUCAUUUCUUAAGGUGACCUUCAUGUUUCAUGCUGUAGAACACCAUGAGUUCAUUGCUCCAAAAUCAGAAUACAAGUAUAGGAAAUGUCCAUUAGACUGAGCUGAGAAGCAGCACAAGGAACAGGUAAAACAAAGAUUUCCAAGACUGAACAGCUUCAAAUGAACCAGUUGCCUUCUUAGAUUUAAUAGCAUUUAAAGCUUGUAGCCUUGAACCCUAAUUUAUAUGAAGGACUACCAAGCUGGAAACACUAAAACCCCCCCAUGGGAUGUUCAUGGUAAUACAAUAAUGAUUAACCCUCUGGAAAGCAUCCUAACCAAUUGAGGGAAAAUAUAGCCCAAGGUCAAGGAGACACUCGAUGGCAAAGUUCUCUGGUGGCAAUACCCAUGAUGGCAAUAAAGGGCCGAAAAUUGGGAAGGCACCCUGGAGAGGGCUUUACCGGGAGAAAUCUGGAAGCUGCUUAACAUAAAGUUUUCUGGGUCCCGUUUACCUGCGUUCAAAUCUGAGGAGAGCUGACCUCGGGAAGCUGCAAGCUGCUAAUCGAGGAGGCAGCGGUGGGGGGGGAUAAAGUCCAGAUUCCUUCCAAGAAGUCUAAUCUCUGGCAAAUGUGCGCGCACACGCCGUUGCCUUUCCCAGUUGUUGCUGGGGGCUUUGCAAUAGGACACAGCCCCAGCUCCUUGCCGUGCUGCUUCCUCGGGAAGAGGAGGAAAGGGCAGCUGGGGAAGGAGCGUUGCAGGAGCGGAGCGGAGCGGGCGGCUGGCCCCGCCGCUGGGCAGAAGGGGCGGGGAGGCGGAGGCUGGCGCGGGGAGCAGCGCGUACCUGGAGCACAGCGGAGAGGAGGGGACAGCGGGAAAUGGAAAAGUCACCCUACUCCCUCCAGUGGGGAGUGGCUAAUGUGGGAAAGCAGACCCUGGCAGCUGAACGAGAAUGUGAUGCUUGAAGAACCUUCUGCUCACUUUUUACACGAGGGAUGGACGUCUCCAAAAUACUCGGGCUCCUGGUAGAGCUCUCAAGUCUGCUAUCCUGUCUCAGAUGUAUGGAGGCUUUCCUGGGAUCUAAGCCCAACCAAAACCACUUGCAGAGUGCAGCGGCCAGCGUGUGUGCUGUGGGACCUCUCGGCUAUUACAAUGGCUCCCUGGCGGUCACCGCGGCCGGAGCAGAGUGUCUCAACUGGGCAGAGUUCCCUGAUUAUGUUCAGCAGUACCCAGACCGUGGCCUGGGGGACCACAACUACUGCAGGAACCCAGACGGGGGAACGACGCCCUGGUGCUUCUACAGGCUUGUGUCAGGGGCCAUUGGCUGGGCCAACUGUGACUGUAACCAAGGUGCUGUGCGGCUGGCUGAAGACAGUAGUGUGGAGCUGUACUUCAAUGGACUCUGGGGUACCAUCUGUGCUGACCACUGGACUGACUGGGAUGCCAGCGUUGUCUGCAGGCAGCUAGGUCUCAGUGAGAUCGGCACAGCUGGGAAGAAGAGCCAUCCCAGACCAUGGCCUGUUCCCCUGCAUCUGCAGUCAGCAAACUGCCAUGGAGAUGAGGAAGCCCUGCUGCAGUGUGGCUAUCAGGAAGCUAUGUCAGGAGCUUGUAACCAGGGGAGUGCCGUGGUAACUUGUGUUCCUCCAGAAGGUGUAGGUGCCCCACUGCGUAUAGUUGGGGGGAAGGAGAGCUUUGAAGGGCGAGUGGAGGUUUACCAUGAUGGCAAGUGGGGAACCAUCUGUGAUGACCAGUGGGAUGACCGGGAUGCUGAAGUAGUCUGUAGACAGCUGGGACUCAGUGGCACCCCAAAAGCUUUGUCAUGGGCUCACUAUGGGCAGGGAUCUGGCCCAAUCCUGCUGGAUGAAGUGCAGUGCUCAGGGAAUGAACUCUCCCUUGAUCAGUGCAAGAAGAGUGACUGGGGACAGCAAAACUGUGACCACAUUGAAGACGCUGGGGUCUCCUGUAACCCUUUCACAGAGGGCACUGUCCGGCUGGCUGGCGGCCGCAGCCCCAGCGAAGGCAGGGUGGAAGUUUAUUACAAUGGAGACUGGGGCACAGUGUGCGAUGAUGGCUGGACAGACCUCGGUGCCCAGGUGGUCUGCAGGCAGUUGGGCUUCAGGGGUCCUGCUGCCUUGGCCUCUGAAGGAGACUAUGCUCCUGGUCAAGGCUUCAUCUUACUGGAUGAUGUGGCAUGUGUGGGGACAGAGCUGUCUCUCCUGGACUGUCCCCACAGCAACUGGGGGCAGCAUGACUGCUCCCAUGCUGAGGAUCUGGGUGUCCGCUGUUCCCCAGAAAGCAACACGGUCAUGGAUGGCAGCCUGGGGCCUCCUGUGCGGCUGGUGGAUGGAGAAAGCACCAAGGAGGGCCGGGUUGAGGUAUUGCUGAAUGGGCAGUGGGGCAGUGUCUGUGACGAUGACUGGACAGACAGAGAUGCUGCAGUGGUUUGCAGGCAACUGGGAUUCAGUGGUACAGCAAAAGCCAGGGCAAUGGCUUAUUUUGGCGAAGGCCAUGGGCCCAUCCAUCUGGACAACAUAGAAUGCAGUGGCAUGGAGCACACCCUGGGGCAAUGUGCCACACCUGACACCAGGACUCACAGCUGCUGGCACCGUGAGGAUGCAGGGGUGAUCUGUGACUAUGUGGAAGAAAAGGUCCAAGAUAGCAGGAGAACAGGUGCAGAGUCUGGUGUGUGUGGGAUGCGCCUGCUUCACCGUCGCAAGAAAAGGAUCAUAGGUGGAAACAAGUCUCUGAGAGGCAGCUGGCCAUGGCAGGCCUCACUGCGGCUGAAGGGUUUUCAUCAAGAUACUCGUCUGCUGUGUGGAGCAACGCUGAUCAGCAGCUGCUGGGUGGUGACUGCAGCCCACUGCUUCAAAAGGUUUGGUGUUGAUGUGCGGCGCUACCUCCUGCGGGUGGGUGAUUACCACACAGCUGUGAAGGAUGAGUUUGAGAGGGAGCUGCCUGUGGAGCGGAUUGUCCUCCACAGGAACUACUGGGCCGGCAGCAAUGAUAAUGACAUAGCCCUGGUCCGGAUGCGGGGCAGAGAAGGGCACUGUCUCUCCUUCAAUCACCACGUUCUGCCCGUCUGCCUGCCUGACAGGAGAGAGAGGUCUGACAUCAACCGGCAAGCCUGCAUCAUCUCUGGCUGGGGAGACACAGGGAAGUCCUAUUCCAGAACCCUGCUGCAGGGGGUGGUCCCCCUUCUCCCACGGGAAGACUGUGAGGCCCGUUACGGGCGGAAGUUCACCAACCGCAUGAUUUGUGCUGGGAACCUCUCUGAAGAUAAACGGGUGGACAGCUGUCAGGGUGACAGUGGAGGGCCACUCAUGUGUCAGAGAUCAAAUGGACGCUGGAUCAUUUUGGGCAUCACUUCCUGGGGCUAUGGCUGUGGUCGGAAGGAUUCGCCCGGUGUGUACACAAAGGUCAGCAAAUUCGUACCCUGGAUCAAGAAAGUGACCAAGCUAAAAUAAAAAUAACUGAGCUCUAGGAAUUUCAGCAUAUGGUCCUUUUGCCCUGCAGCAGCAGAAGGCUGUGGCUUCUGGUCUGUGACUGAUGGAGAUUUAUUUUCUCAUUGGACACUGACAAAAAGACUUUAAUGUAGAACUGCAAGGAAAAGUUAUGACUGAUUCUUUAAAGUCUUUGGUUUCAUUUUAGUCUGUAAUCUGUAAGCAGAGAAAGCAGGUGCACAGUGGUAACAAUGAUCAGUAUACAUUGUUCUAAAUAUCUGAAUCCUUUAAUGCAAUGACACCUAUUCCUUUGCCCUGACACACAGAAAUGUUAGAAGCAGAGACAUACCUACUGCUGUAAAUCUUUUUAUGAUUGUAUGUUUGGACAGUUGAAACAUGCUGAAAGAAGAGGUGAGACGCUUGGAAGAUGGCACCAGGUGCUGGCAUAGUGGAAAUCUUCAGAUAUUUUUUCAUUACCGCUCUCUUCAGUUCCAGGAAUUGGAAGAUUUGACCUGAGUUGAGGAACACGCCAGCUGUUGGGUUUUUUAGCUUCCCUGUUAUGUCUCUAGGGGGAACCUUUUCUCUUCUGAAUAGUAGGUCUGCUCCCAUAGGAUCCCUUUCAACUGUCUGCCUGGACUAAGAGAUGCUUGACCCUCCUUCUGUAAUCCUCUGUCGCACAUUUUCAGCUGCCAGAUGCUAUAGUUUUAUUGCUGCUUUUUUGCUAUAGUAGUUGUGUGUGUGGUUGGGCUUCUUUUUUGUUUCCUUAAUGUAGCAUCUUCUAGAAUCAGUUGUUGGUGUGAGAGGCAGUAGCUUUCUUGCCCUCAUGAUUACUAUGAAGAACUUAAAAUCGGACCUCAAGUGGCUGAAUAGAUAUGUUAUUUUUCUUUAAAUCCAAAUGUAAUGUUAAUCUCAAACAUUCAGGUGUUGAAUCAUGAUUUGCUGUUGCACUUUGAGGACUUCCUACUGGUCCCUUAUUCAUCAUAGUUAUUAGCUGCCCUUUGUGCUGCUAGUCUUUAAUAUCUCUGUGUUCACAGUUUUCUAUGAAACAUGGAAUUACUCCUGGGGUAUAGAUACACCUCAAGCAAAUUACUGACUCCCUGUGAAAAACAGUAAGUGUGCUGCAAAACACCUUCCAGCUUUUGUGAAGUGUGUCCUAUUCUUGAUACCUCUGUGCCAUGCUUUCUUUUUUCUUUUCUUUGCACUCUUUGGGAGUAAAGUCAUAGGGAGUAAACUGAGGUUAACUGGAGGGUAUGCAAGCACUGUCAUCAAGCUGUAGUUCUCAGCCUGAACAGAUGUAAUGCUGAGAGAAAGCAGGGGUUAUUGAAUAUUACAAUUUCUUCCUUCUGUCUCAUCCAAACAAAUGAACAGAGUUCCCUCUUAUGCCUUAAGCACUUUUUAAAGUUAAUAUAUUAUUCUCGAGUAGUAAAGAAAUAGACAGAAGAGCUAAGUGCCUUAACAGUUGUGCAGUGCAGCAUCUUCUCACUGUGUACAGAUAAGGCAGAGAACAGACAGGUCUGUGCAGGAGCAGGAGCAAAAAGCUUUGAUGUAUAACCAAGGGCUUGAAUGUGGAGGAUUAGUACAGGAUGGGACACGUGAAGCUUGUACCAAAUGUGCAUGUUUUGGGUAGGUAGUAACUAGGUCAGGCACUGACCUGCUGUCUGCAAGGUUUGCACUCCCAGCAUUGGGUAUUACCAAUGCAAGAACAGAAGGCAGAGCACAGUCUGUGGAUUAGCAAUGUCAUAUUACAGGGCAUGUAGUGACAGGAUCCUAGAAAUUGCCUUGGGUUCAAGAAGUAGCGAUUGCCUAAAGCUUUAAUUUGUCUUCUAUAAAUUAGCUUAAUGUAGAGGUGCUGACUUGACUAGGUGGCUGAUUUUUGUGUGUGAAGGCUAAACGAAACAGUUUCAUUUACCUCUCCAGAUAUUAUAGGAUAGUUGGGCUACCACUGUUGCAAUGGACUGUUCUAAAAUCCUGCUUGCCAACUUUAUUUUAAUGAAGAAUUGUUGGAAUCUUUAAAAUAUGCAAUGUCAGGACCCUUGCAAACUGGUCUUUGAAACAAACCUGAUCCAUUUGUGCCUCUUCUCGAGGUGCUGUCUUCAACACAGCUUUGUGCUGAUAUCCCUGUUUAAAAUGCCAGACUUGAUCCUUUGGCAGCACUGUGCUCGGCUCCAUGCUGGCCAUGUUGUCCUAUGGCUCCUGGCAGAGUAUCUAAAAUGCAAGCUGCAGACUGCUCCUUAUCUUUCCGGAAUUAAAAUGCCAGGAGGACCAAGGGCAAUUAUGUCACAGACCUCUCAUCUUGUGAGGGAUUAAAUGACAAGUUCUACACUGGCAGGAGCAGUACCUGUCUAGGAAGCAUGGAGGGAUUUGAGUUUUACCUUCAGCCUCCCCUAAGCCAGCAUGCUACAGCAGCUCAAAUGGAGUUUCUGUGCCUUGGGUGCUGUCACAUCUCUAGUUUAACCUGGUUUGAUCUUUCAGUUUAUACCCAUAACCCCAACAGGCAUAGAAGCACCAAAGGAUGACACAGUGAGGUGAUUUCCCUAAGCUUACUUAGUGAGUGGCCAUUCAGGAGUUUGCAUAAAUUGCCAUGUAGCACAAGUGAGAUGCAGGCCUGGCAUUAUCUUCUGAAAUUCCUAUGUUCUACUUAAAAAUAUUUCUUUCUCCUAGAUCUUAUCACUAUGAGGGCUGUGAGAAUCCUUGUAAUUAACACCCUUCAAGUCCUGCAUGAGCCAGGAGGAAGGAAGGAAGCAUCCAAUCUCCUUUGCCUGUGUUUAUACCUUACUGGUGCUGUAGGCAAGCCUGUCAGUUCUCUCCUAUGUUGACAUGGCCUGUUUCAGGAUACAGCUGUUGCUCUUCACUGUUUAACCUGGGACUGUGGCCCAAAUCAAAUGCAUGUGCAUGAGGAUUACUAGAACUGCCUGGUUGGAUGAGCAGCACUCAGUCACCCUAGGACUGUAUUUUGUAAUAUUGGACAGCAGCAGACGUUUCAAAAGAUAGUAUGUGUGUGUUGUGCUGAACAAGUUUUAACAAACUUUCCUUUUGGGGAAUUUUGUUCUUGACACAUUUAAAUUAAUUACUUGAAUUAUCAUUAUCAUCAUUAAAAAUGGAAAUACAAAUACUUGAUCCUCUAGGUGUUGUACAAACACUGUGCACUAUCCUUUUGUCAUUUUUUCCCCUAAACAGUUUAUGUCCCUAACUUUUAAAAACUAUUUAAUGUAUCAGCCUUCAUCUUCCAUAUAAAUGUUUAAACUUCUUAUUUUUAAUCUAACUAAGCUCUCAGAUCCAGUAUUUUCUGGCAAUGAAAACCAUUAUAAUUUUAUUCUCCAUAGCACAUAAUUUCUUUUUAUGGUUCCCGAAUUAAUUGCCUUUUGUUUUCAUUGAGCACCAUCUGUCCUUGUGUUCUCAGCCACGAGAGGAAAUAAGGGGCCUGGCUUUAUAUUCUCUGUUAUGCAUUAUUCUAGAGAUAGUUCCUUUUCUAAGACUGUGGCUUACUCUGUCUCUCUUCAAUCCAAAAUGUCUAGGUGUCUUAUAACAUGCUAAUUGUCUCUCUGUGUCUUCUCUUUCUGAUGGAUCUUUAAACUUUGGUAAACAACUGAAUGCAGUUUGCCAGGGGAGGCUGUAUCUCCUGCUGAUUAUUUGAGUUAAAUUUUCUAUAGCAGGCAAUUCUGUAAAUCAUUUCAGUGUUGUGUCUGUAUACUGGAGCUUGUUUUAAAUUUACUAGUGUGGUCUUGGUGGCAGCCUUGCUACAGGGGAAUGAAAACCCACUGAGGUUAGUUCUCCCUGCAUCUCAGGUAGGUGCAGCAGUCCCACUGAGCUCACAGAAAUUGCUGUAGGUCUGUCUGGGGAGCUCUGAGCAGGGAGCAUGUGGAGAGCUGUGUAGCCUUUUGCCUGUGCUGACAUACCUGGAAGGCUGAGACAGUCCACCCUCACAGCAUUAGUCCAUCAGAUAAAGUUAAUGCAUGUGCACUCCUUCCAAGAGCUGAGAGCUCAGUCAGUGGUGCUGGUGGCUACACUGUGCCACGUGGAUGCUCUCAGAGAACUUCCCAUAGCAGAGUGGCACAUUGUGGUUGUGUGAGAAAGGGAACAUCACUGUGAGUGGCUAGGAGCAUUGGCAGAAGUAGAAACAUGGCCAUGGUAAGGGUUUAAGGAGCAGCUCUUAGUGCUGCUCCUGUCCCUCUUUGAGAAUACCCCAGUGUUCCAAAGGCUGCCCCAGUACUGGGGUCUUCCUGACCUGCAGUGCCUGCAGUGGUACUAUCUCAAACCUGUUCACACUUUGGCUACCUGAAGCUGAAUUAAAGAUUUAUGACUUUCUUGUGGCUGAACACUGUCCUGAUGGUUUCUAUGAAUUAUGUUCUAUGCUAUAAUUAAUCAGGCAGCAUUUAUUAACCUGGACAGAAUGUCAAUUAUCCUUGUAAUCUCUGUAAACUUGUAGCAGAAAAUAACAGAUCAGUUUCUCAAAGAUAUCAGUGGAGUCAUUGGUAAGGAACCAGGAAAGUGGGUAUUUUCUAUCUCAGGAGUAACAGAGGUAGAUCUGCCUUUUGUCUGUUUUCCUUUCUUUCUGAAGCCUGUAUCCUGGAGUCCUCCACCUCAAAGGAACUGCAGUGAUUCAUCGACCACUUGAAGACAGAUUUUUAUGUAUAUUUUCAGCAAUCAGAUGAAAACUUUGGAGAGAUGAAACUACACUGUGGUAUUUAACAUAUCUUGAUAGACUCAGUGGGAGUUUCUUACAGCUAGAGAGAACAGAAUCACCUCUGGUAAUAACCAAGUUGGGACUACUCCUUGUAGAGCAAGGCACUGUGACCUGCACUAAUACACAUCUUCAGGGCUGCAUUUUCACUUGUUUGGAAAAAUACUUAAAUUUUCACAUCAGAAACUUUGUGUAGUAGCCCACUCAAGUCCUAUUAAAAUCCUUUUCUACUAAGGGCUGAGUACCUCUGAAAUCAGUCAAGUGCCAAAGCUGUCAUGUCCCCUGGAUCAACACCAAUGGCUCACAAGGUAUGCUAAUAAAUGGAUUAUACUCUGA